AUGACGCGACACACAUACCAGCGUACGCCACCCCCUACGAGGCUUCAUGGCUAUGAUGCUAAUUCUGCUCCAGACUACAACUGGCGACUACAAUGUGUCCAGUGUGGCAAGAAACCGAUCAAUGCCGACGCAUACAUAUAUCAUUCCUGCGACGGCAUGAAGCCUGACACAGAGGAGCGCAAGAGUCGAAUUCAGUUCGUGGACGAUAAGUUAGCCGAGCAGCAACGCACUGAUGACCGCCCAUCAAUGAUAGCGUGCCAGCCAGCGACAGAAGGGCUGACUACUGCUGCUAUGAUGGUGCAGGAGCCAGUGCAUCAAGCUGCCGGCUUAAGUGCGAAGGAUGAUUCAGCCAUUCAUGCGUCACAAUAUCAGCGAGAGUCAAUUUGGACACAACCCGGCCAAGACUUGGCUUUAUAUUUCGAUUAUGGAGAGGAGGCCCGAAGAGCUGCUUGCGAAGGGGCGGGCCAAAAUCCGCCCAUAGGCGCCGUACCAUUCGACCGAGUCUCGCUCUGGCAAGCACCAAUGUGA